AACGCUGAGACGCAGUCACUUAAACGGUAAACCCUGAAAGAUACACAAGCCCCAAAGCAGCAGGUUGCAGCCAUGAAGACGUUUGUUUUGCUAGUCGCUGCAGUGCUCUCUGGCUGCAAUGCCAACCUCUUCUAUGCUGACGCUACAAAGCCACAGCUAGAAGUGUUGACGGAUGCUUUCUGGGACUACAUUGCCAAGGCCACACAGACAGCUGAUGAUACUCUGGAGAUGAUUAGGAAAUCGCCGAUUGGACAGGAAAUUAAUGCCCGCUUGACAGAGAGUGCUGACUUCGCAAGCAAGUAUGCUGUGACCCUGCAGGAGCAGCUUUCCCCCACAGCCCAGGACCUGAUGAACAAGAUCACCACCGAGGCCGACAUGCUUAAAGGUGUGCUGACCCAGGAGCUCAGCUCUGUCAGAGAAAAACUGGAGCCCUACACAGAGAACAUGAAAGCCCAGAUCCAACAGAGGGUUGAGCAGCUCAAGCAGGAGCUGGCCCCCUACGCCGACUCGCUGGACUCCGAGGCGUUGAGGUCCACCUUGAUCCAAAAGAGCGAGGAGCUGAAGGCCAGCCUGGAGCAGAGCGUGAGAGACCUGCAGGCUCAACUAGGGCCCUACACAGAUGACCUGAAGCAGAAGGUUGACCGGCACCUGGAGGAGUUCCAGAAGAGCGUAGCACCCAUGACCGAGAAGGUCCAGGUAGAGCUGAGCCAGAGAGCCAGUCUGGUGAAGCAAAUUGUGGCUCCCUAUGCUGAGGACCUGAAGGAGAAACUGGACCCCUAUGCCCAAGACCUCCAGUCCCAGCUCAUGUCUCUCUACCAGUCAUUCGUUGAGGCCAACUAAGUCAUCUUCAGUCUCUGCAGACAUAAUAAAAAAAAAAAUCCUGAAAAUUGAGUUCCACCACCAUACAGAGGAUGAACUGUACAAGAGAUCUGUCUGGAUAUCCAUAACUUAUUUUUAUUGCUUAGUACAACAACAAUGAGCAAAACUCUGCACUUGUCCACAUGUAUUUAUAUGCUGUUUUUACCGUGUGUUGUGAAAUGAAACUGUGAGCGUUUUUGUAAUUUCUCUAAGUUAUCUAAAAUAAAAAAACAUAUAUAAAAAUUUA